UCUCACCAUCACAUUCAGGUCUCUGUCCAUCCAUGGCUUCCAAAACCCAUCUCCAGCUACUUGUCUUCGUCUUCCCUCUUUCCAGUCUGUCUUUGACGUUCUGUUCACCGAGGCUAGAGGUAGAGAGAAAUAUUAAUGAAUACCAAAAAUGGGUGCGGUGGAAUGUCAAAAAUUACCAGAUGAAGAAAACUAGUUUGGAAGCAGAAUCAAUUAUCAGACAAGCUGCGGGGGGCACCAGCAUGAAGCAUUUAGAUGCAAAACUGAGUUUUGCUGAGAUGAACAAAGUGACAAUAAGAGUGAGUCAAGAUGGGUCUGGUGAUUUCAAGACCAUCGGAGAAGCCAUUGAUAGCAUCCCUUUAUUCAAUACUAGAAGAGUGAUUCUGGAGAUUAAACUAGGAGUCUACAGGGAAAAGAUUGUUAUCCCCAGAACUUUGCCAUUUAUUAAAUUUUCAGGAGGAGAUGGCAGCGACCCACCAAUUAUCACUGGCAAUGACACCGCUUCGAUGUCUGGACGAGAUGGGAUGCCUUUAAAGACGUUACAGAGUGCCACUGUUGCCAUUGAUGCAAAUUAUUUUGUGGCUGUUAACAUGAAAUUUGAGAACACAGCCCCACAUGUGGUUGGAUCAAUUGGUGGACAAGCAGUGGCACUUCGAAUUUCAGGGACAAAGGCUGCAUUCUAUAACUGCAGCUUCUAUGGAAGUCAAGACACCCUUUAUGAUCACAAAGGCCUCCACUACUUCAAUAACUGUUUCAUCCAGGGCUCGGUUGAUUUCAUCUUCGGCUAUGGCAGAUCCCUUUACGAGAAUUGCUAUUUGAACUCCACGGCGAAGAAGGUGGCCUCCCUAACUGCUCAAAAGCGAACUAAUUCCUCUAUGUCCAGUGGAUUCUCCUUCAAAGAUAGCAAGGUAUCAGGGAGUGGGCAGGUAUACCUUGGAAGAGCAUGGGGUGAUUAUUCCAGGGUAGUGUUCUCUUACACAUUCAUGGACAAGAUUGUUCUUCCCCAAGGAUGGAGCGAUUGGGGCAAACCUGGCCGCAACUUAAGUGUAUAUUAUGGAGAAUACAAGUGCAGCGGACCAGGAGCCAACUUGAGUGGAAGAGUGCCUUGGUCACGGGCACUCUCAGAUGAAGAGGCCAUGCCAUUUAUGGGGACUUAUUAUGUUGAUGGUGACACCUGGCUUAUCAGACAUUAAGAAUCAACUAUUCAUUCAUUUUCGAUUAUAGUAAAAUCAGCAAGAUGAAGCAAGGCCUUCAAAUUGAAUCCUGUUUGUUACCAAAACAAAAACAAUUCAUCUUGUCAUAGUAGAUGUACCAGGUGAUCAUGAUAAAAUAAAAUCUCCUCGUUGCAACUUUUUUGAGGGAAUAUUUGAAUGAAACAUAUGUCUUUUGUCAUCAAGGUGAGAUGCCACCAUCCAUGUAAAGCAUUACAUAAAGUGGUGAUAGAAAACCGG